UUAAGCUUCAGAUGAAACUGUAGGAAUCAAGGGUCUCUCAUUUGGGUCAGUAUCUUUUCUUAUAUUCAAGGGAAUUAAUAGAAGCGCAAGAUAGUGUUAGGAAAAAAGAAAAAAGAAAAAAGAAAAAAGAGGAUGUACCUCCCAUGAGUUGAAACUGUAUCUCUAUCAAGCUUCACUGUUGUGCUUGAAUGGAAAAUGGCAGCAUCCAUGGUUCAUUUCAUAUUGUGGAGUUCCUUUCCCUUGUCUCCAUCAGCCGGAAUUCUCUUAAUUUGCUUCCAAAAGGCCUAUCAGUGAUGGUGCUGGAAUUUGUCUUACUGCUAUUGCAAGUGGCAAUGGCUUACAUGAUUGUUGGGUCACUCGAAGAAUUGGAUAUUGCUGCUGGAUUGUGAUCAAAUUGCUUGAACCUGUUUUGAAAUUCCGUGAUUUGAGCCAGCCCACUAAUCUUUGCUCGCAGUUGGAUUGUUAAGGAUGUCUUUGUGGAUUUUAGUUGUGAUUGGAGCUUUGAAUAUCUACUUUCCUCGUUUGAUCAUUAUAUCAUUGUUGUUAAGCUUGGCUUGGGCUGUAGAAGUUAUGAGGAGUAUCUUUGAUUAGACAGCUCGUUCGGUAAUUGCUCUGUAUUAUCUUCAAGGAAGCAAUCUACUCUCAAUUUUACUCCAAAAGUGCUUUAACUUGAAAUCUGGGAAGUGCUUGUUUAGGGUCUAUUUGUGCCUGCCAUUUAAGCAUUGAGAAUCCUCACUCGGGGUUUGAAGAAUUUGUUAGAGGGAGAAGACGAAUUCAUGUUUUCCUGUGCACAUUGCUGUCUUGGUUUUAUGGAGUCUAUCUUCAGAUAUGGCAAUGGCUGGGCCUUUGUACAGACUGAUUCAACAAAAAGAAGAAAUAAAGAUGGAUGUUGUAGAAGCUAUUACCUCUGCUAUUCUUCAGCCUUUGUUCGAAAAGUUGGCUUCUGCUAGUUUUCUUAAAUUUGCUAGCAAAAAGGAAAAGGAAAUCGACAGUGAACUUAAGAAAUGGGAAUUAAGGUUGUUGGAGAUUCGCGCGGUUCUGACUGAUGCCGAAGAGAAACAAAUAACUAACCAGGCCGUCAAAUUAUGGCUUAACAAGCUCCGAGAUUUGGCAUAUGAUGUCCAGGAUGUCUUGGAAGAGUUUGAAAAUGAAGCCUGGUCUCAAACUUACAGCUACAAGAGGAGGAAGAGUAAAUUAGGCAAGAAUCUGGUCCCAACUUGUUUGUCUGCUGGUAUUGGCAAGAUGGGGUGGUCCAAGCUAGAGGAGAUCACUUCGAGAUUGCAAGAGAUUGUUGCAGAAAAGGAUCUCUUGGACUUGAGCGACUGUAGUUUGAGUAGAUUCAAUGAAAGACUGACCGCAACGUCGUUGAUGGAAGAAAAACUACGUGUCUACGGGAGGGGAAAGGACAAGGAGGUUCUGGUUGAAUUGUUGAUGAGAGGUGGUGAAGCAGCAAAUGGGUCGCCGUUCUCUGUGAUUUCGAUUAUUGGUUUUGGAGGUGUCGGCAAAACAACUCUUGUGCAGCUAGUGUAUAAUGACGAGAGUGUGGAGUUUGAUUAUAAAGCAUGGGCUUGUGUUUCUGAUGAUUUUGAUGUGCUUAGGAUAACCAAAACAAUUUUAAAUUUUGAUAGUUCUGCUGCGGGAUGUGAUUUAAAUUUGCUUCAAGUGCAGCUGAAGGAGAAGCUGUAUGGCAAGAAGUUUUUGAUUGUUUUAGAUGAUGUUUGGAGUGAGAACUACGAGGAAUGGACUGCUCUAUGUAGCCCAUUUGCCAGCGGGGCACGAGGAAGCAAAGUUAUUAUCACCACUCGCAACGAAGGAGUCUCAUUACUGACGGGUUCAAUUUAUGCUUAUGCACUGAAGGAGCUGUCGGAUGAUGAUUGUCUGUUGCUAUUUGCCAAACAUGCUUUAGAUGCAAGUAAUUUUGAUGAUUAUCCAGAUUUGAAAGAAAUAGGCGAAGAGAUAGUUAAAAGGUGCAAGGGAUUACCUUUGGCAGCAAAGACACUUGGAGGCCUCCUGCGUGGUAAACGGAAUUCUAAAGAGUGGAAGGUUGUAUUGAAUAGCAAAAUGUGGGAUUUACCAGAAGAGAAUAGUGGGAUCCUUGCAGCUCUGAGAUUGAGCUACCAUCACCUUCCUUCUCAUUUAAAGCAGUGCUUUGCAUAUUGUGCAAUUUUUCCAAAGGACUACGAAUUUGACAAGAAUGAAUUGGUUUCGUUGUGGAUGGCAGAGGGUUUUCUGCAGCAACCAAAGGAAAAGAAACAGAUGAAAGACAUAGGCAAGGAAUACUUUCAUGAUUUGUUAUCAAGAUCCUUCUUUCAGCAGUCCAGUGUCAACAAUGUCCGGUAUGUUAUGCAUGACCUAAUAAGUGAACUAGCUCGGUUUGUUAGCGGAGAAGCAUGCUUUCAUUUGGGUGAUAAGCUUGAGGAUUCACCAUCGCAUGCAAAGGUUCGCCAUUCAUCAUUCACUCGUCACCGUUAUGACAUCUCCCAAAGGUUUGAAGUCUUUUAUGAGAUGAAGAGUUUACGAACUUUCUUACCAUUGCCAAUUUUUUCACCACCAUAUAACCACUUGACCAGUAAGGUGUUGCAUGACUUGGUUCCAAACUUAAAACGUUUGGUUGUGCUAUCUCUAGCUGGUUAUUGUUUAGUAGAGCUGCCAAGUUCUAUUUGUGCAUUAAAGCAUUUACGGUACCUUAACUUGUCUUAUACUGAAAUUGAAGUGUUACCUGAAUCACUAUGUGAAGUAUUUCGGCUGCAGACGCUGGGAUUGAGGGGUUGCAAGAAACUUAUUAAGUUACCUAUAGGCAUUGACAAUCUAAUUGACUUGCAGUACCUUGACAUUAGCGGGACAGAUAGUUUGCAAGAGAUGCCACCUCAGAUAGGUAAUUUGACAAACCUCCAUACCUUGCCAAAGUUUAUCAUGGGAAAAGGGCUCGGGAUAAGAGAGUUGAUGAAACUUUCCCAUCUUCAAGGACAACUUAAUAUCACAGGGCUACAUAAUGUGGUGGAUGUUCAAGACACGGAGCUUGCCAUUCUAAAGCAGAAGAGGGGCCUUAGUGAAUUAUCCUUGGAAUGGAUUCAUAAUGUCAAUGGUUUUCAAAGUGAAGCUAGGGAAUUGCGGCUCCUCAACCUUCUAGAACCUCAUCAAACUCUACAAAAGCUUUCAAUUAUGUCAUAUGGUGGCACAACAUUCCCAUCAUGGUUAGGGGAUCACUCAUUCACUAAUAUGGUGUGCCUACAACUUCGUGGAUGCCAUAAAAUCACAUCAUUACCAUCACUAGGACAACUACCUUUACUUAGACAUUUGAGCAUAAAAGGCAUGGAUAAGGUAACGACAGUUGGUGCUGAGUUUUUGGGGUUUGGUUCUUCUGUCAAGGCUUUUCCAUCUCUAGAGGGUCUAAUAAUUGAGGAUAUGUUGAAUUGGAAGCAAUGGUCCUGGUCUAAUGGACUCAACCAAGAGGAAGUAGGAGAAUUUCCUUAUCUACGUGAGCUUACAAUAAUAAAUUGUCCCAUGUUGGCUGGGAAGUUGCCAGGUCACCUUCCAUCUGUGAAAAAACUUUCUAUUUGCAAUUGCCCGCAGUUAGUAGCCUUACCUGAAAUACUUCCAUGUCUUUGUGAAUUGAUUGUUGAAGGGUGUAACGAGGCAAUUCUAAACCAUAUGUCUUUUAUGCCCUCCCUUACUACUUUAAAAGUUGGGAGCAUCUCUGGCCUUGUUUAUUUACCUGGUGAUUUUUUACAAGCCUUGGUGGCACUUCAAGAUCUGGAAAUUGAAAACUGCAAUGAUUUGAUGUACCUGUGGCAAGAUGGAACUGAUUUACAUGAACUUGCAAGUAUGAAGCAUUUAGAGAUCAAGAAGUUCGAGCAGCCUGUGUCAUUAGUUGAGCUUGAGAAAUUUGGUGACAUGGAACAGCUGCCAAGUGGGUUGCAGUUCCUUGGUUCACUCAGAAAUUUGAAAGUUGAUCAUUGCCCAAAACUAGUGUCCUUUCCAGGAGGUUUGCCAUACACUCUCCAACGUCUUGAGAUUUCACGGUGUGAUUCGCUGAAGUCAUUGCCUGAUGGGAUGGUGAUAACGAUGAAUGGCUGUAAGAGCAGCCAGUGCCUUCUUGAAGAGUUGCUAAUUAGUUGGUGUCCAUCUCUUGUGUCCAUUCCAAGAGGAAUGUUGCCCAUCACACUGAAGUCAUUGGCAAUUUCAUGGUGCAAAAAUCUCGAGAAUCUACAUGGGGGAAUUGUGCAUGAUGGCAGUGAUAGAAGGGAGUUGUCUCGUCUUGAGCAUUUGACCAUAGAAGGUCUACCUCUCUUGCCCUUCCCAGCUUUUGAAUUUCCUGGGUCUCUUAAGACGCUUGAAAUUGGCUAUUGCACAAUGCAGUUAUUAGAGUCCUUAUGUGACCUAUCCCAUCUCACUGAGCUGGAAAUAAGUGGGUGUUCUAUGUUAGAAUCAUUCCCAGAUAUGGGAUUGAUCACUCCAAAUCUUAUUUCUUUAAGCAUAUGGAAAUGUGAGAAUUUGAGGUCUCUACCCGAUCAUAUGGACUGCCUAGUUUCUCUUCAAGAGUUGAGUGUAUAUCAUUGUCACAAUCUUGUUUCUUUUUCAAAAGGGGGUUUGCCUCCAAACUUAAUUGAAUUUGAGAUCCAUUAUUGUGAGAAUGUCACAGAGUCAAUGUUAGACUGGGGACUCUACACACUCAUCUUUCUUAAACGACUUGUAAUUGAAUGCACAAGUCCUUGUACAAAUAUGGUUUCCUUUCCCGAUGAUGAGGGUCAACUUCUUCCCACUUCACUAACCUCUCUUUACAUCUUGAGUCUCAAGGGUCUGAAGUCCAUAUCAAAGGGCCUCAAACGUCUCACGUCUCUUGAAAUUUUAAUGAUUUCAGACUGCCCUAAACUCUGUUUCUUGCCUAAGGAAUGCUUCCCUGCUACGCUUGGGUCCCUGCAUAUUGAAUUUUGCCCCCUUCUGAAAAAACAAUGCUCAAGAAAGAAUGGACGCUAUAGGUCCAUGAUUGCCUUCAUUCCCUAUGUAACACAGGAUGUUUGUUUUCUAUAAAUGAAGUCCGGAUAGAAUUUUGCAAUCCAGUAACCAUGAUGGUGGUAGAACCUGCAGAUUGUUACUAGUUUCUGCUGAUUGAAAGUGAACAAGAGAAUCAGGCUCAACUACUUAAAUGAGGAAAAUGGUGUAUCCAUCACCCAGAUCACCUCAGAGGUUUUACUAGGGGUCCAUGUUGCUAUUGACAGGGUUCCGGUGGAAGUUGAAAUCCAUGGGUCUCCUUCCUGCCCAAUUGCUAGCUUUACAAAAGAUGAAGUGAAUUGUGAGAUAGUCCAAUAUGGUGGAUGUGAGGAGAUGCUGCCGAUUGCUUUUGAAGUAGUUUAAGCUGUUGUCAAUGAACUAGGAGCAUAUCAAGUUGGAAUAAGGCAAUUUCCUUAAGCAAGCUACACGGACAAGAGAUUAAUUUCAAAAGGUUUGGAGCCUUACAUGAACUUUUUAAUAAAAUAUGGAAUUCUUUACACCGUAUGAUUGAGUCAUUGCAGGAAGACGGUGUAAGGGAAACAUGGGGACACCAUGGUCUUCUACCCAUUAGAUGGGACAUAUUUAUAUAGUUGCUUGGGGUAUGACUGAUGAGGACGCUGAGAAUAUAGCUGUGCUAGAGAACUGUGCAGAACUUGUCAAUUAUAUUUUGCUUGCCUGUAAAUCCAGACAAUGCCAAGGAGAUACAAGUUUGACAAGUACAAUAAAGGGAAAUCUAACUGCAUGACCGUGUCAUAACAGUGAUGAUCCAUUUUAUUCAUUCUCUUAAUGCUUCUCGACUUGUUGAAAACACUACUUAAGAUUCAGAAGGCCUUUGGGUUUUGGGUGCUUCGGAGAUUUCAUUAUCCUAGUGUCUUCCAUCCGAGGAAGUUGUUGCAGAGGCUAGGUGUGGAGAUUUAUUUUUUUGAUUUAACAUUCAAUCGGUUCUUCUCUCUUCCCACCAUUCCCAUUCCAUUUGGGUGUUGCUAGGGCCAAUUGAAUUGGUGGAUUGUUCCAAAAACUAAGUGUCAAAGCAAUAACAUUGGUGAUCGUGUUGUUAAUUCAAGUGACAAUCAUGAAGAGACACAUGAAGAGGCAUCUACCGCGGAAGUUACUGACCAAGGCUCGAACAAUGUGGACAGCAGAGUUGGAAUUCCCUUUACCAGAGACAUUUUAUUGGGUAAAAUUACUGUAGAAUGGAAGGAUGACCUCACUAUGUUUACCAAUAAUAAGGUUGUCUAUUCGAUCACAUCUAUGAUGAAGUUAUCAUUCGAAGAACUAUUAUUUCAAUGGAGUUGAUCUAUGAUGAAGUUAUCAUUCGAAGAACUAUUAUUUCAAUGGAGUCAGCUAUAUGAGUAUGGUAGCAGCUUGGUGGAGAAAGUUUAAGGAAAAAUUUUUCUCGGAUGAUAGCAAUGAGAUGAUGGUCAAGAAAAUAUGAGAAAAGCACAGUGUAACUAGGUUAUGUGAUUUGUGGUAUGAUUUCCACAAACAAGCAAUUAAUAGAGCCAACCCUGAUGAUGUAACAAUGUGAGAAAACUAUAGAUCAAGGCACGUCACAAAGUGUAAUUGGGUAUUGUUUUAAGACUGUAGUGUUAAAAGUUUUUAAAAAGCAUUCAUGAUCUAGGGCUCAAAAUCAAAAUAAAGAAAUUUAUGAUUCGAUGAGCAAGCAUAUUGAAGGAGCGCUUUCAUUUGUAAACCAUGCAAAGCUUUUAGUAUGAGCUUGUUAUUAUAUAUAUUUUAUUAUUUUUCUUAUGGUGUUAAUUAAGUAUUUAUUUGUGACAUUGUUAAAACAAACUAUUUAAUUUGCGGGAAAAACAUCUUGGAAGUGAACUGACUCCAAUAAAGUAUAUGAGGAAACUCAAAAAGAAGGGAGAUAAAGGAAA